CUACUACCUGUUCAAUCACGUGCCAGGGGAAUCAUCGUUAUGACCACUUAAAACAGAAGUCCACGGCUAGAAUCUGGUGCAUACUCCGAUAAACCGUCGACGCCAACGUACCGUGGGAAGCGCGUAUAGCUAACAUCGCCAUGGAUGACCUAACCAAGGACCAAAUAGCUCUUCUGAAGAAAGCCUUCGACGCUUUCGAUCAUGAGAAGAAGGGCUGCAUCGGUACCGACAUGGUGGGCACGAUAUUGAGCAUGUUGGGCUACAACCUGGACGAAAAGACGCUAGGGGACAUCAUUAGGGAAGUAGACGAAGACGGUUCCGGAGAACUCGAGUUCGAAGAGUUUUGCACGUUGUCUGCUAGAUUCUUAGUAGAAGAAGACACGGAAGCACUGCAGAAAGAAUUACGAGAUGCAUUCCGAUUGUAUGACAAAGAGGGUAACGGCUAUAUAACCACUGAAGUAUUUCGCGGCAUUCUUCACGAACUAGAUGACAAACUGUCGCCGGAGGAACUCGACUUAAUGAUUGAGGAAAUCGACGCUGACGGUUCAGGGACCCUCGACUUUGACGAGUUUAUGGAAGUCAUGACGGGCGGCGACGACUAAGACGAGCAAGGAUAAUGAAGAUGGGCACUCUCCAAGGCUGGAAGUUUACCGUGCAAUUGGCAACAACCGCGAGAGUGCGUUCCUUUUUCAUCGUCCCAACGCACGCUUCUGCAAACUAAAACCACGGCCGAGCGGCAAAUUGGACGUUUACGAUCAUCCGCGGUAUCGUUGGCGGACGGCCGGUGGCUUUCAUCAUCUAAGACGAAGAUCAGUGAAGGCUUCCAGGCGUUCUCGAUCGACGCCAGAAGCAGUGAAAAUGGAAUCGCCUUCGGAACAACUUGAUAAAUCGGAACAGCGUUCGGCGCGAAUAAAGUGGCAGCGAUGCAAAUUUCAUCGUCGCGGCGAAACGAGUACACGGCCAAAGCUCCGACGCAAUUAUUCCUAAUCGUUGAUUACGUUCACGUGGAAAGUUAUAAUUUUCCCGUCGCACACGAAUAUCACCGGGAUUUCAUUCCGUGGGUUUAUGCGUGAAAGUAUCGGGGCUCGCGGUAAUUACAUAAAUCGCGCGCGAUAAAUUACUAAGUGUCUCGUGUGUCUGCGUAUAGAUAUCGUCUGAUCUUUAACGCGCGAACGUCGCGCGCGCCUGGACGAUAUUACCCCGUGCGCAAAGUAGCGCAAAGCGUUCAAGUGCGCAAGGCGCUUUCUUCAUACGGUUUCUUCGCGUCGAUCGUGUCGCUACGACAAAUUUUAUGUUUCUCCAAUAAAAAGAAAAUUAAGUCGGCGAAUUGCCACGUUCACUCACCGCAAAUUGCCGCUCGGCGACUCCAACGUUCUCUGGAUAUCGCUUUCAUUCGUUAAAAAUUAUGCACUUCGAAAUUAACAAUCGUAAAAUAGUCCUUUGCACUUUGACUUUAUACGUUACUUCAAAUAUACGCAAUUUUUAUGAGAGAAAAGAAUACAUGAUCCCCCAGUGUAACGAGAUUUGCGCAACGCAGUAAGAACAAUGAUAGAAAUAGCAAUAGAUUCACGCGACUAAAGUAAACUAGAAAAACCGCAGGCGUUCAUAAUGUUUACCAGCUGUCCAGUGGCAUUUCCGUCCUGAGAUUGAAUCACGUAAUAAUAAGUACGGCAAUAAACGUCGCGGCGCGUGCAAUCACGCUGCGCGAGGUCUUACCAAAUCGGGUAUUCGAACUGUCUUAGUCAGGGAAUUAUACCGCGAUUCUCACGUCGCGCACUAAUCUGUUUCGCAUGAAAACAACUAGCCCGAUAGUCCCGCUCAUUAUACGUAGAGACUUGUAUCUCGCACGGAGAACAAUUAUUCGUUGGAGUCAAUGAAACUUCAAGUGUCGCAAUUUUAUGUCCCGAUGACCCAACGCGCUUCGAGGGGAGACGGCAAGAAUACGAACAUGGGAAUUAGUUAGUUUCAACGCAUAAUCAACUCGAUACUAUGAAAAUGUGGUUUGCAGAAGAAACGUCUUAAGAAGAAAUGUCUUAACUUUAUAUGCUUACAUGAUGAGAGAGCGCGAUCUCACAUGCGAUAGGUUAAAAUAUUAAUAAGUUGACGCAAGGACCAACCCAUUGAUUAUCGAUUUGAUGAUGUUUUCGGAUGUUUCCGCAUCCCAGUAUGUAUAUGAAAAAUCGUUAGUUUUAUCAGUAAUAAACAAAUUUUGAAAACAA